AUGAGGAGACACAGCAGGGGGAGCAGCGGCGGGCCUGCAGUCGUAAACAAAUCCGCCGCUCCAGGUUCUGAUCCAAUGUCCCUCAUCCGAACUUUCAAUUCUGAGACCAACCCGUCGCGGCCCGUACGCCCCUCUCCGCUAGCCGCAUCGCAAAUACAAGGCAUGCCUCUUGACCUAAUCGAUCGAAUACGUUCUUUCCCUCUCUUCCAAUCGACACCAGAAUCAUUCCUGGCGGAAAUUGGCCUGCACCUUCGCCCGCAGCUGAACUCUACGAACGAUUACAUCUUGACGGAAGGCGAUGAGGCAAAAGCGAUGUAUUGGCUGGUUCGUGGAGCUGUUGCAGUCACCUCUCGAGAUGGCGAGAGUGUGUACGCGGAGCUGAAGCCGGGCGCUUUCUUUGGGGAAAUAGGUGUUCUGAUGGACCGGCCACGCACGGCGACGAUAAUUGCCCGCACCAGGUGUCUACUUAUCGUGUUGACAAAGGAGGAUUUUAAGAAGAUUCUCCCAGCGUUUCCGGAGGUGGAACAAAUGAUCAGGGAAGAAGCUGAAGAGCGAUUGUUGAUUUUGGAACGGAAGAAAAAGGAGCCACAGGCGCAAAUCGACGCCGCCGGAGCCCAUAAGCGUGUGACGAAGAGGGUUCGCGAUGCGUUUGCGGGGAGCUCGAAUUUCGACGACGACGAUGGCCCGGGCGGGAAUAGUAUCAAUAAAAAGCGCAAAUCUCCUAGUCCCGGCGUAACUCAGCAUUCAACUUCAAGUGCCCUGGCUAAUGGCCUUGUCAACGUACGAUUGCUUCUAAAAGAGUUACCCCUCUUUGCUGGUCUUCCUUCAAACAUCCUCCAUUUCCUCGGUCUGAAUGCGCAACCGCGAACAUAUCCUCCUUUCACAGACAUCAUCCGACAAGACUCACAGGGUCGAGAGAUAUAUUUUAUCGUGCGAGGCGAGGUGGAGGUUUUAAAUGAACGUGGAUUACGUCGAGGCACAGAAGCUGAGGGUCGGCGUGAGGUCCAGGUAAAAGCUCGACUAAAGGCUGGACAGUACUUUGGGGAAGUUGUCAGUCUAUCGCUCGCACCGCGCAGAACAGCAACCGUUCGCUCCGUCACAUCCGUUGAAUGUCUAAUGAUAAGCGGUGAGGUGCUGUCAGAAUUCUGGGAUCGCUGCCCGAAACAUAUCCGGGAGCAGGUUGAAAACACAGCCAGGAAACGAUUGGUCACUUCAACAAAUGGCGAGGUUGAGAUGGACGAUGCUCCUGCAGAUCAAGAACCGCCUAUGGAUGAGCUUGUAAUCAAUGGGAAUUUCCACGGGUCUGCCAGGAGACAAUCGAUGCCCCUGCUCACACUCACGGAGACGGAGCUGGACAGCCCGCACAAGCCAUCUCUAAUAGAGGACAGGCCUACCAUGGAGCCGUCUGACCCAGACCCUUUUCUGAGCAUAAGCAUGGACAAUGUACGUGCUAGGUCACGGCGUGGUUCUCUUGUGCCAAUUGACCCUGAUGGCUCUUCUCCGGAUCAGCAACUGCAAUCCCCAUUACGCCCUCGGUCCGGCACUGCGACCCCUUCAAAACUCGCAUCAUCUGAAUAUCCUAGCUCUGUCGUGUCUCCCAAACAAUCCACUCCGUCAUCCUAUGCUACCAAGAAUUCCAGUAGAUGUUGUCUCAACGAUGACAUUCUCCUUGUCAUUUUCCAGCAACUUGAACUCCACCACCUCCUUCCUCUCCGCGCCGUUUCACGUCACUGGGCUGACAUCCUCACAACAUCACCCCUGCUUCUUCACUUCUUGGACCUUAGUAGUUACAACCGGAAGCUUACCGACGAUGUACUUGCAAACAUUAUAUGCCCUUUUGUCGGCGAUAGACCCCGUACCAUUGAUAUGAAUAACUGCUUUCACAUCACUGAUGAAGGAUUCCGGGCAUUAGCGAAUACCUGUGGGGCAAAUCUCAGAGCACUGAAAAUGAAGAGUGUAUGGGAUGUAACGGCCCCUGCAAUCCUCGAUAUCGCCAACAAAGCCAAAUCGCUACAAGAAAUUGACUUAAGCAACUGCCGAAAAGUCAGCGAUACCCUCUUAGCCCGAAUUGUGGGAUGGACAGUGCCCAACCCUUCAUUCGGACAGCAUUAUAUUAACGGGAAAGCGAUCCAAGCCGCUAAAUGGAAUGGAAAACCGUUCCUGCAAAACGGCGUACAAACUGCCUCCUCUUCCUCUGCAGGCGGCACUGUUGUGGGCUGCCCUGCUCUUAAGCGCCUUGCGCUGUCAUAUUGCAAGCACGUUACGGAUCGCUCGAUGCACCAUAUAGCCUCCUAUGCUGCAUCGCGGCUUGAAGAGGUUGAUUUGACGAGGUGCACGACCAUCACUGAUCAAGGGUUUCAGUAUUGGGGGAAUGCGCAGUUUGUUCGGUUGCGCAAGCUGUGUUUGGCGGAUUGCACCUAUCUUACUGAUAGCGCUAUUGUAUCCCUGACCAAUGCGGCGAAGGGGUUGCAGGAACUUGACUUGUCCUUCUGCUGCGCUCUCUCCGACACAGCCACAGAAGUCCUAGCCCUAGGCUGCCCCCAAUUAACGCACCUCAACCUAUCCUUCUGCGGCUCCGCUGUCUCAGACCCUUCCCUCCGCUGCAUAGGUCUGCAUCUCAUCCUGCUCCGUGAAUUGUCGGUCCGCGGGUGCGUGCGGGUUACGGGAACGGGCGUCGAGUCUGUCGUUGACGGAUGCAGUUUACUCCGCGCUUUCGAUGUUAGUCAGUGUAAGAAUCUGGCGCCGUGGUUGGAGUAUGGGUUUCAUCGGAGGUAUGGGGAUAAGAUUCGGUUUGAGACUGUUUCUUGUGGGGGAAGGUUGGUUCGGUGA